AUGUUGUCAGGUGAUAUUUUGAUCCGCCAACCAUUGAGUGUGGCCUUGCUGCCGCCACCCUCAUUAAUAGAAUUUUGCAAAAUUAUGGCGGCACUUGCAACGCUAGCCAAUCAGCAAAAUAUCGACGAUGAUGAUAUUUUCCUAGAAAAUGGUCUUCUAAGCUACGAGAAUCCCAACUACCAUAUGGACCCACAGCGUAUGGAGCGGAACUCGCACCUGUACGAGGAAAUCAUCUCGGAGCUGCAGCAGCAGGGCACCCUCCGGCCGAUUGCUGGUGUCCAGAAUGGGACGCAAAUGAUCGGCAGCAACAGAAAAGGGUACGGUGUGCUCGACCUGGACACGAUGGGCGUAGAGCUGAAGGACAACCCGGCGGAUGCCAGUUCACCGAAGGAGAAGAAAAGUCUGCUGGGAGACACAUCUCCGAACGAGUCCAAAACGCAGAAAGAUCAGGAACCGGAGCACGGUGAAAAGGCACAGGAAAUCCAGCACAUCCCUGGCACGCUCAACUCGGACGAUCUGUACGCGCUGCCCAACAAACGGAAACAGCAGGAAGCCGUCGGCGAAGUGCCAUCGGAAGAGGACGACGAUGAGGACGAGACGGCCGACAAGGACAAGAACGGUCGGCGGGAGGAUAUCGAAGCUAUCGAGGAUAAGGACAAGACGAAAGACUUACCACCGGGCUGGGAGAAACACGAAGACAACAGCGGGCCGUACUACUGGCACAUCAAGUCGGGGACUAUCCAGCGCGAGCCGCCCGUGUGGCCGAAGGAUGCUAGCUACCGGGAGCUGAAGACACCUAGCAUUCCGAUACCGAAAAGUAUACAGAACUCGUCCUUCACCCAAGCCUUGAACAGUCUGUACGGGGCAAAGGAUGGCAGUGGCACCAGUGGUAGUGGCGGCGGUGGCGGUAACUCCACCAAGUCUGCCCUCUACGAUAGCAUGACGUCAUCGGUCACCAGAAGUAGCACUAGUUCGGCGUUGGACCAAGAAGACGAACGACGCAGGCGAGAAGACGUAGCACUGAAACGACGAAGUUUUCCACUGAAAUCCGACACCGAUCGCCCGAUACGAUUUGCCGUCCGGUCGCUCGGCUGGGUCGAGAUUGCCGAGGAAGACCUGACGCCGGAACGGUCGUCGAAAGCCGUCAACAAAUGCAUCGUCGACCUGUCGCUCGGCCGCAACGACAUGCUGGACGUCGUCGGUCGAUGGGGUGAUGGCAAGGAUUUAUUCAUGGACCUGGACGAAGGCGCUCUCAAGCUGAUAGAUCCGGAAAAUUUGACAAUACUAAACUCGCAGCCGAUCCACACGAUACGUGUGUGGGGCGUUGGGCGUGACAAUGGCCGAGAUUUUGCUUACGUGGCUCGCGAUCGUCUCACCAGGAUUCAUAUGUGUCACGUGUUUCGCUGCGAAACUGCUGCCAGAACGAUUGCUAACACGCUCAGAGAUAUUUGUAAGCGAAUAAUGAUCGAACGUUCCCUCCAACUCGACACAAACGGGUCCAACCUGAGCAGCACCCGGUGCGCUAUACGUCCGACGGAUCUACCGACUGAGAACCGGCGAUGGAUACGACAUCCACAAUCUUUCCCCACUCCGAUGGAAGAACCAAAGAAAGUAUUACGGGCGCAGUACGUUGGCUGUGCCGAAGUAAGCCAACCGACCGGUAUCGAGGUGCUAAAUGACGCUAUCGAUAAGCUAACCAGUACGCCGGUGGAAUCCUGGGACUACGUCAACGUAUCGGUGGCACCGAGUAUGAUUAGUGUUAACACAUCGGAUAUUGAGGGACGAUUGCUGUGCGAGUGCCGCGUACGGUACUUGAGUUUCCUGGGUAUUGGAAAAAACGCGCAGCAGUGCGCCUUCAUCAUGCACACCGCGCAGGACAAGUUCGUGGCACACGUGUUCUAUUGCGAGCCAACCAGUGGGCCCCUCUGCAAGACGAUAGAGGCUGCGUGCAAGCUCCGGUACCAGAAAUGCUUGGACGCACACCCGGAAGGUGGCGGUCGCUACUCGGCCGACUCGCACACGCCCGGAAAGGGAAUCGGUGCGACGUUAAAAAACUUGAUGAGCUCGUUCUCGCUAAAAAAGGAUAAGGCCAGUUCCUGAGAACGAGCCAGAUCUCUGCAGGAAAUCUGGCCACUUCCUCCAGAGAGGGAAGUCAUUCCGCACCGACAUCUGCAGUCGCCGCUGAUAAGCAAGCGGAUCUUUGAGCAUCCCAACAGUCCGUAGCAUUUGAUGCUGCCAGUAGCCUGGCAGAAGAUAAACAUAGCGAAAUACAGCAGCAAUCAGCACCGUAAACCCCUACCGUUUGCCGGCGGCCAUUCGUCGGUGCUGGGACUGAGCGCUGUCAGGAAGAUAGGUGGUAACGAUACAGGCGUCGAUCCUACGUCAGGUUCCGUCGAUACCAUGAACGAUGCCAAGCGUACAGAAGAAGCAGUAGCGGACAGGGAAGAUAGUGAUAGUAGUAAGCUGCUUGACGCCGUGAUGGAGGAAUCGUUUACGAGCUGCUAGGCGUGCACACGGAUACGGAUAGAGGGAUGAAAAAUUGAAAACGGAAAUCGAAAAAAAAACAAUGAAACUCAAACGAAAACUACUCAUUCGCGAUCGCUUCAACGUGUGCUUUGGCAAGUACCAACAGAUACCGCUAUCGCUAGGAACUGCAAUUAUCAAGAGGCUCUCUACUCGGUGCUCGACGCAUAGUUCAUACAGGGGCGGCGACACCUAAACAGGAUAAUGCGCGUAAGCCGCAAUACGUGCCGCUAACAACGGGGCUGCUGUGCGGUCACCAAAGCGCCAACGUGCUCAUCACAGUAGAAAACCGUUCGUCCACUCGGCUUUGCUUCAGUAUUGCUUAUCAGAGGAAGAAGAGCGUAGUGCACGUUUCUGGGUCUCGCACACAGGAUGAGGUUUGUAACGGUCCCGUUUGACCUUACGUUCAGUUUUUCUUCCUGUCGGAAAAAAACAAUCGGUGGAUGUGGUUGCGUUUUCUAAAUGUAAGCUUGUGUUUCAAACCAAAAGAAGUUUCCUUUCCAUCUUACCACCCAAAUGGAGAUCACCAAUCACCCAACCGAGGAUGAGAUGACAGUUUCGAUGCUUCGUUACUGUUUUGUGCAUUUCUCUCACUUUUCGCAACAUCAACUAAUUAGCAAAUGGAAACUGCCGUUCGAUGUGGAACCGUUGCCGCGUUCGGUGUAUAUACAUUUACACGCAUAUAUUUUUAUACCGUAGCAAUGUGAACGCUAAGAAGGAGCGACGCGGAUCAGGAGCGGACCGAGGGAAUCUACUAUAGCCCUAGUGUCACGAGUGUGGCCAGAGCUAAAUGCUAAAUUUGGGCAGCUUUGCACGUGCAGGCCGUUUAACAUAAACCACCUGCCACGGGAAACCAAACAGAAGCAAACAAAACAUAACAAAUGUAUCGCCAACCAAUUUACGACAAAUGAUUGAGACAAACACAAACGCAAAAAAACGCUUGUGUCACAAAUGCCUUUGCCUUGCGUGUACGUAAAUUGUUCUGUUGCUCCCUUUCUAGGAAACGUGAUAGAGUUACACAAUCGCCGACCUGCGCAGUUGACGAGGAUAUCGGUGGACGUAGUGUUUAAGGCUAAGAAUCAGAUUAGAGUGGUGAUUGAUGAUGGAUGGUUUUAUUUUUGCUACCUGUAGAUUGUGUUUGCUUUAGAGAAUAGUUUACAAAUUGUAGGCCACGUAAGGGAUACGAACAGUCGACGAGUAUUAGCCAUAGUGUCUAGCGAGUCUGUACCACGAGUGCAGUGAACGAGGUGCAGUAGCGAGAAAUGUAGGAACAAAUCAGAGACUUGCGACGUAGUGUAAGAUCCGAACCCAAGUUUUAGCCCAUGUAUCCUUCCUCCAAGCCAUGUUCCUAGUCUGAAUUUGAGACGAUGGACUUUGUCCUGCUGUGCUGGCUAUUGACGUAGCCUCAGAAGUCGUUCAACUCGCCUGUAGAAACAAAGAACACUUCGAAAGACCUUUCAACUCGAGGCACUCCGUGCCAUAUCCGUGCUACUUUUUGUUCCAGAGUACAGAAUAAAAUACUAAAAUGUAGGCAAAUGAGUUGCCAAGAGCAUUCUUCUAAAGGAUGAAGGUUUGCUUGGCCAUAGCAUUUAAAGAAGAAUCGUGUAUCGGCCAUUUGGGUUAGGCUUAAGAUCGGUGUGCAUCGCCAGAUGUACGCCCACCACGCGUAUCGGCGUAGUUGAAACAAAACCUGUUGGUAGUAGAUAACUCGUGAAUUUGAUGAAGAAUUUUCCCACACACUUCCCCUGUAUGGGUUACAUUUUGGCGACUAAACCAAAACAGUGACUAUGACGAGGUCUUACGAAGAACAUUUGUAAACGGUGAGGUAAAUGCUGCUUAUUUUAGCCGGAGAGGAAACUGUACCUAUGAACAUAUCCCGCCACGAACACAGUGAUUCACCAAAGUUAGUCAAAAUAUUAGCAAAUCCCGAGCAAAUUUCGUAUCCCUUUAGUUGUUGCUUCUUAACCACAGGGAAAGAGGGUUCAAUUACGGUUUUCAACGAACGCGAGUCCACUGUUUUAGUCCAGGCAACUGUAUGGACCAAUUGUGCUACAUAUAAUCUAUAUAUAAACCAGCAUAAGAAAGGAAAGCAGAACGCAAGUAAACACAAAUCAGGAAUUUCGAUGGAACACAAUAGCUAAAGGAACCAAAUAGACCAGAGAGCGUUUUCUAAAGCCUUUCAAGCCAUAUUUUCUAAGUUACAACUUUUCUGUAGCUGCUGAUCAGUGAGAUGGUGCGAAACCGACUAGUUUACUUGAAUUCAUCGUGUGCAGAAAGCUUUCGAUAAUUAGUUUCAUUAUUCAAAUGUGUAUUAUUUCAACAUCAAACCCAUAAACAUGCUUUAAGGUACUGCCACAAUCUGUCGUGUCACACACUGUCUGUUGUUCAGUUUGUUAUAGCAAUAACUUAAAAAGGUAUCUGACGUGGUUGAAUCUUUGAAUCAAUUUAUUACCACCCAAUAACCCUAAACACGUAUAAUAAACUAAACCACAUCAUGCAACAGGAGAAAUUUCAAAUUUCAAGCUUGUCGGCGAGUAAAAAGUUGUGACAUUCGUUGAUGAUGCCCAUCUUUGAACUUACCGAACAGGUAGCUCCGAAUCCCUGAAGAUCGUUAGUGAGUUUAGUUGCGGGGCCACAGUAGAACAAUACGCUUUUCACCACUACCACCAUCACAUAUUUUCGUAUGAUUAUUUUUACUGAGAGCACGAAAAACCAACUGUCAAAUAAACACAGCAAUCAAUAGAAUAGGGAUAAACAUUAAAAAUGCUAAGAUAGAUACCCCUAAACGGCGCACUAUGACAUUUGAUUCGGAUCUAUGCAUCCAUGGAGCUUUAGCUGUAUGCGCAAGGCUGUACUGAGCUGACGGCUGGGCCCCAAGAGCAGCGCGUAGUUAAGUGAAAACGUUGUGGUAAAAAGUAUAAAGCUUAAGCGAUAGCUAAACAAACAGCUAGUGACAAAAAGCUCGGCUUGGCCACUCAUACAAUCCGUUCUAAUGCAGGAAGUUGGGACUUACCAAAGAGCGACGCAUUCGAAUUCAUCAAGAGCUAUAGAAACCAAAACGCUGGCGAAUGGUAGAGAUUAAAAUGAAAUCUAUACACAACAUAUUUAAAAGCAAAUGCAAGCAACUAAGUAAGGUUCGCCGGCAGCAGAAAAAUAAGCGUAGAUGUAUAACAAGCCGGCAACACGCAAAACCCGAUGCAAAUCAACACAAAAUAAACACGUAAAUCGAAAUACCCACAACCCACAGCGCUAAACAUAACCGAACAAAACUUGUGCUUGUUGCUUUUUUGCACUUUAUGGCACUAUUCAAUGAAAGUACGGAACCCGGAGAGACAGUUGCAUAAUUAUUUGGCGGAAGUUCCAGCUCUGUGCUUCUAGCACGGACCUGGAACUCCGGGCAUGGCGAACGGAUACAUUUGACGAAUCAGUAAUCCUUGCCAAUGGUAUGCACUCCUGAUGAGUUAAGGAAAGAUUGAUCAAACAUGGCGGAACGUGUUGCCCCUUUAGGCCACCAUUCACCCUUGCGAGCUUGGGCGAUGCGCACUAAGCGCAUCGCAACUGCGUUUUAAUGUAAUGGACCAUGAAAAUAAUGGCGAAGUCGAAAGGCGAAGCACCCAACCGUGAUGUGCGAGUUUGCUUACCAUCAAUAUGACCCUAAUUACUAUUCGGCACAGUACGGCCGUACCGAAGAACCGCACUUGAACUUGGCCCACCAGAACUUGGCCCGGCCAGCUCGUUGAGAAAUGCUACGAAUUUUUGGUGCAGGUCUAGAGAGGCGGCUUGGCUGAAUUACUUGCCACGUUAUUGAAGAUGCAAAAAGGGUUUUUAUCCCCGAAAUAGUGUAGUGUGGUGUGAACUCAAUUGUCCGGUUUUUUUGGCUUGUGGAUCGGGGCAGAUUUGUGCCACUUUUCAACGCAAAUAAAUUGUCAUAACAAAUCCGCUGGAACUGGUUACAUUACUUUGAAACGGAAUGACACGCGUAAAUUCAUAAAAUGGGUCGAAGGACGGCCCAGUAUGCAACCAAAAAGCCGGCAACGAGAAAGAAUGUCACGGCCAAGCAUUAAACAGGUGAAACCAUUGAAGGAAACGGAAGAGA